GAACUUUUCGAGGAGGUAAGAUCAGAAUCGCCUUUAGCGGGAGGUUUAACUAUGUCCACUUUUCGAAAAAUAAGCAAAAAGCUUGUUCUGGUUGGGGCGCUAUCUGGCGUUGGCGCUGCAUUCUUAAUGGAAGCUGUCCCCAAGGUGAACGAAGCCAGAAGGACAAAGGCCUUACUGUCGAAACCUAAACCUUCAGAACAGGAAUUAAAACGUUUUGAACGACCUUUGCCAACUAGAGAGGAACACCUUAAACGAAUGGCAUCAGGUGAAGUUUUCGAUGUUCUGGUAAUUGGUGGUGGGGCAACUGGUGCUGGUGUAGCGUUAGAUGCUGCUUCUAGAGGCUUAUCAACAUGCCUUGUUGAAAGAUUAGAUUUUGCUUCGGGUACCUCUUCUCGUUCAACCAAACUUAUUCAUGGUGGUGUUCGAUAUCUACAAAAGGCUAUAUUUAAUCUAGAUAUGGAACAGCUCCGUAUGGUUAAUGAGGCACUUAGUGAGCGAUCCAAUCUAAUCGAUAUAGCUCCACAUCUAGCCUAUCCAUUACCAAUCAUGUUGCCUAUAUAUAAAUGGUGGCAAGUUCCAUAUUAUUGGGCUGGUAUUAAAUUAUACGACUUAAUAUCUGGUGCUCAAAUAUUAAAAGCUAGUUAUUAUUUGAAUAAAUCACAAGCGUUAGAACGAUUUCCUUUACUGAAACGUGAUAAAUUAGUCGGUGGAUUGGUAUAUUAUGAUGGCCAACAAGAAGAUGCUCGUAUGUGUUUAAGUAUUGCAUUGACUGCAGCUCGUUACAAUGCAGCAAUUGCUAAUUAUGUUGAAGCUAUCGAAUUGCUUAAACAACCAGCUCAAACUAAAUCAAUUUCAUUGAAAUCCACAUUGGAGCCAACUUCUGAAGCAGUACCUGCAGUGUCUGGUGCACGUGUUCGAGAUCGAUUAACUGGUAAAGAAUUCACCAUUAAUGCUCGUUGUGUAAUUAAUGCCACUGGACCAUUUACCGAUGGUAUACGACAAAUGGAUAAUAAACAACAGGCAACUAUUUGUCAACCUAGUUUAGGUGUACAUAUCAUUCUUCCUGGUUAUUAUAGCCCUACGAAAAUGGGUUUGCUAGAUCCAGAUACACGUGAUGGCCGUGUAAUUUUCUUUUUACCAUGGAUGAAUUAUGCACUUGCUGGUACUACAGAUACUGAAUGCAAUCUUACCGAUCAACCUUCUCCUUCUGAAGCUGAAGUAAACUUUAUCUUAGAAGAAAUUAGCAGUUAUCUUUCACCAGAAAUUCAAGUUCGUCGUGGUGAUGUAUUGUCAGCUUGGGCAGGUAUUAGACCGCUUGUUCGAGAUCCGAAUUCAUCUGAUACACAGUCGAUUGCACGUAAUCAUAUUAUUAAUGUUUCACCAUCUAAACUGAUAACAAUUGCUGGUGGUAAAUGGACAACUUAUAGAAGUAUGGCAGAAGAGACUGUGGAUAAAGCAAUUGAGGUUUGUGGUCUUAAACCAACUAGUGCAUGUCGUACUAAAGGUCUUCUUUUAGAAGGUGCUCAUGGUUGGUCACCGAAUUUAUUCAUACAAAUUGUUCAAGAAUAUGGUAUGGAUGUCGAUGUAGCACGUCAUUUAACUGGCAUUUAUGGUGAUAAAGCUAUUACUAUAGCUAAUAUGUCAAAAUUAACCGGUUUCAGAUGGCCAAUAUUGGGUAAAAAAUUACAUCCUGAAUUUCCAUUUAUUGAAGCUGAAGUUGAAUAUGCAUGCCGAGAAUAUGCUUGUCAUGUGGUUGAUUUUCUUGCUCGACGAACACGUUUAGCAUUUUUGAAUGUACGAGCUGCUGAAGAAGCUUUGCCUAGAAUUGUUGAUUUAAUGGGAGAACAUUUAAAAUGGAGUAGUGAAAGGAAAAAACAAGAACUGGAAGAGGCUGAGAAUUUCUUAAAAUCUGAAAUGGGUCUUAGUCUACGUGUCAUGGAAGGUGUUCGUAUGGAUUUGACUAUUGAUGAAAUUGGUCAUCUUUUACAAAGUUUCCGUAAACUUGAUCAUGAUACAAAAGGAUAUGUUUCAUUGGAUGAUUUACGCAAAUUUUGUACUGAAUCUGGUGAUAAUGUCAGUGAAGAAGUGCUACAGUCUACAUUGAAUACAAUGGAUGUUAAUAAGAAUGGACAAGUCGAUAUGUCAGAAUUUUUACAAUUUAUGAGUGCAAUUAAAUCUGGUGCAGUUGUUCAUUCACCUUUAAAGAAAGUAUUAAAUCGUACUCGAAUUCCUGUUUAUCGAAGUGGUGGUGGAGUUUAAAAGAAAACUUUCAUCAUGUGAUCAUAGUCACGCAGAUUGGUCAUUUCUAAUCGUUUUGCCUGUUAAAGUUAAUUUGUUUCGCUUUCAAUUUUGUUCACUCUUAAUUUUAUGUAUGUAUGGGUUUUCGAUCAUGUUUCGUUGAAGAUGUCGGUAAUUCAACAGUAAUCAUGGAUAUUAUAAGAUAUGAGUAGUUUAUGAAUACAACAGAUUAUCUCUUUUCACUUUUUAUUCUCUUUUUUUUUAAAUACUUUUAACUUAGAUUAACUGAAAUUGUUAUCAAACAGAUGCAUGUAUUCACUUUCUGUAAUUGUGUGCAUUUUUCGAAAUUAUGGAGUGUAUAAAAUCAAAAGACUUAUUAGUUCUUUUGAUUUUAUUUCAACUAGUUAGCUAUAUUGUCAUUAUUUUUAUUAGAAUAUCAAAGUUGUUUUUUGUUUUUUUCACUAAGCCUUCAGAAAAAAUUGUUCCUAUGUAUGUAUGGCAGUUGUAUUUCCCACUAUUAAUAUCACUUCCAAAGCAAUCAUUGUUCCACCUUUUUUUACUUACUGUCUGUCACAUUUAUUAAUGAUUAGAAAUUUUCAUGACUUCUUAUUGAGAAUCAUGUUCAGUGUAUACUCUUACUACUUUCAUGAGUUGGCUUUUUUCGUUCAUUUCUUUUUUUUUUACGUAUUUUCAUUCUUUUUCGGACAACUGUAUCGAAUAACUUCUACGAAUUUCUUUUUUGACUAUCCAUGCAUUAUGAUAAGGUCAAUCAAUACACACUCAUAGAAUUUUUCAAGUGUAUACCUAUAUAUAUUAAUAUAAAUAAUAGAUCCUAGUUUUCUUUCAUGUUCAAGACCUGUGAGUCAAUGGAAGCCUGCGUAGAG